AUGGUUGUUAAAGUUAUACCCCAAUUAUCGAUAGCCAGAAAUGGUGUAGGUGCGUUUGUUUUUCCUUGCAAGAAGAUUAUUCUUCAAUACUGUAAUUGGGGUGGGUCUUCUCAAGGUUUACGGGACUUCCUUGUUUCUAAAAGAUUAGUUCAGUGGGCAGAGAAGUAUCCUCAGAUUAAUUUUGAGGUUGUUAAAAAGUCGGGGCAUCCGGUGAUUAAAGCAUUAUACACAAAUGGGAGGAAUAAGGCUAUUUGUGUCAAGAAUUUGAAUAUCGACAAUGUUGAAAACAAGUUGAGAUUGCUGAAAGAUUCUUCUGGAGAGCAAUUACAUCACAGGACAAAGAAUAAUAAUGUUGAAUCUUUGAAUAAGAGUGUCAGGGGUCUUUGGUCACCGUUGCAUGUUGAUCCAUCGUUAAGACACAGGGUCUGA